ACUCUACCCGUGCUCACGUUUUCCAGAUAGACCCAGAAACCAAAAAGAGAUGGCUUCCUGUAUCAAAGCAAGCAGUAAUAGUUUCAUUUUACUUCGACGCAACGAGAAAUUUAUUCAGAAUCAUUUCAGUAGAUGGAUCAAAGGUAAGCCAAAGUUGUAUCGAGUUAAUGGCCUCCAACAGUGCGCUUCCAUGUCUAGGCCCUUUAAAAGGAUAGGCCCACAGCAACAAUUCAAGACCCCAGUUGCAAUCAAAACAAAACAAGAUGAUCAAAGAUGUUGUAAUUUCCCAAUAAAAUUAUACUAAUGAUGGUUGAAAUUGAUGUUAAAAAUGUGGAUUUACUGCAAGGAAUAUUCGGAACAACCUGCUGAACGGCAUUAAAGGCCUUAAUCAACAGUGUUAUAAUGUCAAAUAUGAUUUUUACAAAGACAUCGCAAAAAUUUGGACAGUGGGCUGAUCCAAAAGCGAAUAAUGUUUAUGGGCUUGGAUUCAACUCUGAGAAUGACCUCAACAAGUUUUCAGAGAAGUUCAAAGAGGCGAAGAGUGUGGCUGGAGCCGCCACCCCGUCAUCCGGAACAGAUUCGGUCAAAUCGGAAUCACUGAAAUCUGACUCCUUACCGGACCUGAAUGGAAUGACCAAGGGCAAUAGUUCAAGCAGAAGUCUCUCAUCAAAUGGAAGUCUCGAGGAUGAUGCUGGUGGGAGCCAUAAAUCUUUCGGUAAUUCGACCGAUUCUCAACUCAAGUAUGAAAACGACAGAUUAAAAAAGGCAUUAGCUCAAAGCUCUGCAAAUGCAAAGAAAUGGGAAGCGGAAUUACAAACACUGAAAAAUAAUAACGCAAAAUUAACGGCUGCUCUUCAAGAAAGCACUGUCAAUGUAGAAAAGUGGAAAGAGCAACUCAAUAAUUACAAGGAUGAAAACACGCGACUGAAGAAAAAGCUUGUCGAGUUGAACGAAUCAGGAGGAACUAAUGGACAACUGAUGGAGCGAAUGAGACAAGACUGGGAACAGCGACUCGUUGAAUUAACAGGACGACUCACGGUAAAAGACGAAGAAUUAGCAAGAGCAACGCAAGAAAAUAGUGAAAUUAAUUCGUACCGUGAACUGAAUGCAGAUAUGACUGUCAAAAUUCAGCAACUACAAAGUGAAAACCGAAAACUGAUGCAAUCAAACGCACAAUUCGAACAAAGAAUUAAAGAACUUAAAAGCAACGAGCUAAAAAUAAAAGAAUUAAGAGACGUUGAGAGUAACUUAAAGGAUAAUAUCUCGCAGUUAAUGGCUCUUCAACAACGAAUGUCGAAACUGACACAGUAGUUAAUUCUUUUAUUUGCUGUGGAAAACAUCGCCUCCAGAUGGCCGCCAUUACUGGAGUGAAAUAUGGAAAAGACUUGUCGUCUGUCAUGUUGGACCAAUUUGUCAUUAACGCCAAGGAUAGUCUCGCCUGACAAUCCAUCUGAGAUCGAAUGGAAGAUAUAUCAGCAAUACCACGGAGUGCCCUUCCUCGAGACUCCUUGAGACCCAUAGCAAUAAUCUCUUUUGGUUAUAGUUGCCUUUACUAUUUAAUUAUGUUUGAAGAUGCUAGCUUUGUUAUACAGAACUGUGUAGAUUAUUAGAGAACAAACUGUUCAGCUUUUUUAACACUCGUGCACUUUCAAAUCGAGUUUUGAAUGAGUUUUUCUUUAUUUAGAUUCCAUCGCCAAUUUUAUGUCGCCUAAACCCCACGCAAGAUUAUUCAACAUAGAUAGAUCUUAGAAAAUGAAAGUGCAUAUUUUUAAAUCGCUUAACUCAUCCAAUAUUUAGCGCCAUGUCCCUGUUUUGUGGCAAAUAACGCGUGUAGGUCACCUUUGCACUAGUGCCGACCAUCUAGAAAUCAUGAUUAGGGAAUUCAAACACUGCCAGCCCUGUAUAGAAAUAUAUCUUCGGUAAGUUAAUAGUAUAUUUAUAUCAGCCUUAUGUAAUUAAGUAUUCCCCUCUUAGAAAAAAAAUACUUUGCUUUUCUCGCACUUUGUUGAAAGCAUUCUACGCCCUGUGAAGUCAGGUUUUGUUCUCUUUGAUAUCAACCAAUCACAGUCGCGUAUAAGUGAUUUGGUGUGAUACUGAUUGGUUGUUGUCAAAGACGCGCAAACGUGCCUCGAUUUUCAUUUCCUCAGAGACCGCGAGACAUGUUUGUUAUCCAUGAAAGCUCUUUUGCAGUUACGUCCCUUUUUAGUCCGUUGUGGAUUAGCUUAGAUGAUGCAAGUUCUUCUUUAUUCCCAAACCAAAUUUGUUUUUGUUUUUGUAUCAAAUUCGGUGUUAUCGACUCUUGAAUUGUUUAGAAUUGUUUGAUUUGGACUUUGCAAUAACGUGUAUUUAAAAUCCCAAGGGUAGAAGAGUAUUUGACGAAUCUUUCUCUUCAAAUUUACUUAACUUGCAAGCACCCAUGGUUGAAUUUGUUUCAUUCUGCAGUUACCUUGCAUUGGUGAGUCUUUUUACCCUCUUGAAUUAUUAGCAAGUCCGCUCCUUUUGCUUCGAAUGGCUCUAGGCAUGUGACUCUCUGUUUUUACAAAAGAACUUUCGAAUUUCGUCCAAAGUUUGUGGCGAUAACUAACGCAAACUCUGUGUGGUAAUAUCAAAUGUGUUUCUAGUCUUAAAUGCUCUGUAUUAACCUUUCUAGUUAAUGUUCUCGUUGUACAGUUUUUUACUUUAAAUCUGUAUCUCAAUUUAUUGUACUCACUUUAACGAAUCUGACAGUUUCGUUUAUGACUUGUGUAUAUGUUUUUAUUUGUAUUGAAUCAAACGAAUCGCCCACGAGGAAGUUUCGUUCCAA